AUGCCUAAUUAUCAAUUAUUAUGCAUUUUCAAAAAUUUGCCCAAACCUGAGCUUAUGAUGGGCAUAAAAGCAGCAGCAACAUGCAUUUUAGAUCAUAAUGGUGUUAUAAAAUCGUUUGAAAAUCUUGGUUUACGUCGUCUUCCGAUUCGUCUUAUUGGUAAUGAUGCACAAAUUUAUCGUGAAGGACACUAUAUUUUCAUCAAUUUUUUAUCAGGUACCACAAAAAUUUAUGAAAUGAUGGCUGCACUUAGACGUGAAGGUGAUAUAUUACGACGAAUUAUUUCAAAUGAUGAUAAAGUUAAUGAAAAACAUGAAUGCCAUUGUGAUAAAUAUGGAUAUUUUGUUACGGAUAUUGUCGAUUAUACAAAACCAUUAACUGUAUGGAACAAAAAAAUAACUGAUCCAUUGUAUAAAACACGUUUAUAG